AGCUGUGACUGCUGUGGGAGAUAAUGAUGCCCAGGUUCGGAUCACCAGCCCGCGGGCCGAGGGGAGGCCCAUACUGCACACGCGCAGACCGAGCACCCGCGUCAAAAGACCGAGAGCGCGCUUCCCACGUCCUGCGCGCCCGGCUGCCAAGCGUUGGUCUCUGCUGUGACUCCCGCCCGGCGGGGGCUGAGUGCCCACGCCUGAAGAGCGAUGCCCCGGGAGAUCAUCACCCUGCAGCUAGGCCAGUGCGGCAACCAGAUUGGGUUCGAGUUCUGGAAACAGCUGUGCGCCGAGCAUGGUAUCAGCCCCGAGGGCAUCGUGGAGGAGUUCGCCACCGAGGGCACUGACCGCAAGGACGUCUUUUUCUACCAGGCAGAUGAUGAGCACUAUAUCCCGCGGGCCGUGCUGCUGGACCUGGAGCCCCGGGUGAUCCACUCCAUCCUCAACUCACCCUACGCCAAGCUCUACAACCCGGAGAACAUCUACCUGUCGGAGCACGGUGGAGGAGCUGGCAACAACUGGGCCAGUGGAUUCUCCCAGGGUGAGAAAAUUCAUGAAGACAUCUUUGACAUCAUAGACCGAGAAGCAGAUGGCAGUGACAGCCUAGAGGGCUUUGUGCUAUGUCACUCCAUCGCCGGGGGGACGGGUUCAGGCCUGGGCUCCUACCUCCUGGAGCACCUGAAUGACAGGUACCCCAAGAAACUGGUGCAGACAUACUCGGUGUUUCCCAACCAGGACGAGAUGAGCGACGUGGUGGUACAGCCCUACAACUCGCUGCUCACACUCAAGAGGCUGACCCAGAACGCUGACUGUGUGGUGGUGUUGGACAACACGGCCCUGAACCGGAUCGCCACGGACCGCCUGCACAUACAGAACCCGUCCUUUUCCCAGAUCAACCAGCUGGUGUCCACCAUCAUGUCGGCCAGCACCACCACCCUGCGCUACCCCGGCUACAUGAACAACGACCUCAUCGGCCUCAUCGCCUCGCUCAUCCCCACGCCGCGACUCCACUUCCUCAUGACUGGCUACACCCCCCUCACCACAGACCAGUCGGUGGCCAGCGUGAGGAAGACAACAGUCCUGGAUGUCAUGAGGCGGCUGCUGCAGCCCAAGAACGUGAUGGUGUCCACAGGCCGGGAUCGCCAGACCAACCACUGCUAUAUCGCCAUCCUCAACAUCAUCCAGGGAGAGGUGGACCCCACCCAGGUCCACAAGAGCCUGCAGAGGAUCCGAGAACGGAAGUUGGCCAACUUCAUCCCCUGGGGCCCAGCCAGCAUCCAGGUGGCCCUGUCGCGGAAGUCUCCCUACCUGCCCUCGGCCCACCGGGUCAGUGGGCUCAUGAUGGCCAACCACACCAGCAUCUCCUCGCUUUUUGAAAGUUCCUGCCAGCAGUACGACAAGCUACGGAAGCGGGAGGCCUUCCUCGAGCAGUUCCGCAAGGAGGACAUCUUCAAGGAGAACUUCAAUGAGUUGGACAGAUCCAGGGAGGUUGUGCAGGAGCUCAUUGAUGAGUACCAUGCAGCCACACGGCCUGACUAUAUCUCCUGGGGCACCCAGGAGCAGUGAUUUCCCUCCUUCUCACUGCCCUGGGGACAGUAAUGACAGCCCCUCCAAGCCUGGUUCCUCUGGCCCAAUUUCCUCUCACCUACAACCAUUCUAGGUGCAUUACCAGCCCAGGAACCAACCCUACUUCCUACCCCCUUCUGUGACGUGACCCCUGAUAUGCUUGUUUAGCUCUGAUGAAGUAAUAAAAGCCUGGCUGUGAAUAUAGUCAGGACUUGGACUGUGAA